AGGAUAUAAGAAAUAGAAUCAUAGGGGGAGUCGCUCAAUUUUCUUGCCACCAAGAUUUUCUGCGAGUUUCCCGGAAAACAAGGGAAAAAAUUUCUGGGAAAAGACAGAGAGAAAAAGAGAGAUAGAAGGGAUAAAUUUUCUAGGAAAAAAAUCUUUUGGCUGUUUUUCUUUCAUUUUGUAUGGCGGAUUAUGCCAACCGCCAAAAUGUUCAUGUCUUCUCCGACUUCGAUCAUCGCCGCUUUUUCUCCGAUCAUUUCUCUUUGAACCCUGAUUCAGGAUUUGCCCGCUACCCGUUUGGCGCGAUAAACCCUUGCUUCGCGCCUCGCGGUGGGGUUCUUGUUCCGCACGUUUCGGCUUUGGUCGCGUCAUUGGGUUUUCCUCCUCCUAUGGCUCCGAUGGAAGAAGAAAGCUCGAUUUUGCUUCGUCGGCUUAUGGUCAACGAAGGACUGAUUCCGUCUCUGGAGGAGGAGAACAGAAGAAGGGCUAUUAUCGAGAAGCUAAAAAGGAUAGUUUUGAAAUGGGUCAAGAAAGUUGCUUGGCAACGUCGUCUUCCAAAACAUCAGAUUGCAGCCACCAGCGCGACCGUAAUAGCUUAUGGUUCUUAUGGCCUUGGGGUCCAUGGUUCUGAGUCAGACCUUGAUGCUCUCUGUGUUGGUCCUUUCUUUGCCACCAUAGCUGAGGAUUUUUUCGUUGUUUUGCGUAACAUGCUCAAAAGUAGACCAGAAGUUUCUGAGAUCCACUGUGUUAAAGAUGCCAAAGUUCCUCUCAUCCGCUUCAAGUUUGAUGGAAUCUUGAUCGAUCUUCCAUAUGCUCAGCUUAAAGUAUUAACCGUCCCAGAUAAUGUGAAUGUGCUCAAUCCUUUCUUUCUGAGGAACAUUGAUGAGACGAGUUGGAAAAGCUUGUCUGGAGUUCGUGCAAAUAAAUGCAUUAUUCAGCUGGUUCCAGUAUUGGAGAAAUUCCAAUCUUUGCUGCGAUGUGUCAAGUUAUGGGCAAAGAGGCGAGGAGUAUACGGUAACUUGAAUGGAUUCCUAGGGGGAGUACAUAUGGCUAUUCUCGCUGGUUUCGUGUGUCAGUGUUACCCAAUCGCUACUUUGGGGGCCCUUCUGGCAAAUUUUUUCAGUACAUUUGCAUACUGGCAAUGGCCUAGGCCAGUGAGGCUGCGAGAUGGAAAUUACCCCGCUGUUGGAUAUCCUCCAGGCUUAAUGCCCAUCCAAUUGCCAUGUGGUGCACACCAAUACUGCAAUUCCAACAUAACUCGGAGUACGUACUAUAAAAUAAGGGCAGAGUUUCUCCGAGGGCAUAAUUUGACAAAGGAUUGCUUGAACCCUGACUUUAACUGGCAGAACUUGUUUGAGCCUUUUCCAUAUGCGAAGAAGUACACAUGGUUUGUCAAAAUACACCUCUUGGUACCAACUCAGGAUGAGUUUGGUUAUUGGGUUGGAUGGGUGAAGUCACGUUUCCGCCGUCUUCUGAUCAAGCUAGAGGAAGUGUAUGGAAUAUGUGACCCGAACCCAGCAGAGUAUGCAGAGAUGGAGGUUAAGCAGCCAAACAUGGUGUUCUACUGGGGCUUACAGUCUGGAAAGGUGAAUUCUUCAGACAUGGAAUCCGUGGAGAUGGAUUUCAUGAAGAGCCUCAGCAAUGGAUAUCAGAGACCCCUUGGCAGAAUCCAGUUAUCGAUUGUGCACGCUUCUCAGUUGCACAAGACCGAUCAAUUUGAUGACAACAAAACCAAGAAGACGACGAGGGCUUGCUGGAGGAUCCGGGAAGACAACAAGCAUUGUAAGAAAAUGCCGGUUUGCUCACAGCAGUUGUCAGAUCAUUACAUGGUCGGGUGUGGCGGCGGAGGAGGUAGUUGAAGUGUGAUUUUGUGUGUGUGAUGUUUUGACAUUUGGGCAUUUUGGUGUGAGUUGGUUUGGUUGACUGUGUAAAUUGGUAUUAGGGAAAUUAGGACACAGAAACCUGCAGCUUGAGUUUUCAUGACAAAAGAGGGUACAUAUCAUAUGUUUGUAAUAAGUUGUUUCUCUAAGUGGUUAAAUUCCGUGUAGAUCUUCUAGA